AUUGUUAUUACCGAGUGAGGUGUGAGUUGCUGUUCUUGGGGAUUUUAUUAUUUUGUUCGUGAUGGGGCCGCUGACCCCGUGCGGCUGCUGCCAGCUGCGCGCCGCGGACAAGGAGCUGCAGGCGCCGUACACCCGGCUCGGCGCGACCGAGGUCUACGCCCACAUGCUCCGAGAAUGCUUCGGCAUUCACGUGGCACUGAGUAGUGAAGACUCUUAUGGGAUCUGCUCGGUGUGCGUGGGCCGCCUGCAAGAUGCAAGUGACUUCAAGCUGCAAGUGCUGCAUACUCAGGCGGAGCUGCAGGCGGGGCUGCAACAAGAGGCGCAUGUUAAAAACAAAGAAUUAAUAGUGGACUCGGAAACAGAGCAUGGAGAUGUAGCCGGUGACGAGCCGGUGUCGGUCUCCCCGCGCGCGAGCCAACCCGUCACUGUGCAGCGAGAGCCCCGCACACAACGCUACAUUUGCGACACUUGCCAGGCGCACUUCACUCACAAGUCUACGUUACUGACACAUAUACAGAACCUUUGCAAACAAAGAAACAAACGUGAAACCCUCUUAGUUAAACACAAUGAAAAGAAACCAUAUGUAUGUAACGUGUGUAACAAGCGCUUUGCUCAAAGAAGGAGUUUACAAUGUCAUGAGAACGCUCACAGAGGAGUAAAGCCACAUGUAUGUAAGAUUUGUAACAAGAGAUUUACUCAUAAAGUGAGUUUAAAAUAUCAUGAGAGUACUCACAGUGGAGUGAAGCCAUAUGUAUGUACGGUUUGCAACAAGCAGUUUAAAACUACAGGGCAUUUAAAAAAUCAUGAGAAUAUUCACAGUGAAGUGAAGCCAUAUGAAUGUAAAGUUUGUAACAAGCGGUUUACAUCUACAUCUAAUUUAAAAAGUCAUGAGACUACUCACAGUGGAGUGAAGCCAUAUGUAUGUAAGGUUUGUAACAAGGGGUUUAGAUCUACAGGGCAUUUAAAAAGUCAUGAGAAUAUUCACAGUGAAGUGAAGCCAUAUGAAUGUAAAGUUUGUAACAAGCGGUUUAUAUCUACAUCUAAUUUAAAAUAUCAUGAGAGUACUCACAGUGGAGUGAAGCCAUAUGUAUGUACGGUUUGCAACAAGCAGUUUAAAACUAAAGGGGAUUUAAAAAAUCAUGAGAAUAUUCACAGUGAAGUGAAGCCAUAUGAAUGUAAAGUUUGUAACAAGCGGUUUACAUCUACAUCUAAUUUAAAAAGUCAUGAGACUACUCACAGUGGAGUGAAGCCAUAUGUAUGUAAGGUUUGUAACAAGGGGUUUAGAUCUACAGGGCAUUUAAAAAAUCAUGAGAAUACUCACAGUGAAGUGAAACCAUGUGUAUGUACGGUUUGUAACAAGGGGUUUGCAUCAACAAGUGAAUUAAAACGUCAUGAGAAUAUUCACAGUGAAGUGAAUCCAUAUGUAUGUAAAGUUUGUAACAAGCCGUUUACAUCUAUAUGGAAUUUAAAAAGUCAUGAGAAUACUCACAGUGGAGUGAAGGCACAUGUAUGUAAGGUUUGUAACAAGGGGUUUACACUAAAGUCGAGUUUAAAACGUCAUGGGAUAACGCACCAUGUUGUCAAAGCACAUACAGCACAAGAAAAGAGAGGAAUUAAAUCAUACAGUUGUGAAGAAUGUAAUGAAGGAUUUACAAGAGAAGUUUAUUUAGAUAUACAUAGGAAAAGAGCCCACGAUGGAGCCAUGUCAUACAAAGGUUUAGCCUAUGACGUGCAUUUAACACGAAAAGAGGCUACAGAAAAUCAUGAAUCAACUCGGCCGAAUAAUGAAAAAAGUAACAAACAUACAUAUGAUGGAAAUAGUUCAGAUAGGCAUAUUGGAGUGAAGCCAUACACUUGUGAAGAGUGUAAGAACCAGUUUGCAUCACAGUCGGAGUUAGACAGACACAAGAGGAUCCACUCCGGAGAGGAGUCGUACGAGUGCGAGAUAUGCGAAUCUUUAUUCUUCGAUGAAGCCAGUUUAAUAACUCAUGUUAAUUCCCAUGCGGGCAGAAUCGCAAAAAAGUAAUGAGUUGGUUCUUAAAAUAGUAAGGUAACUCUGCUUAAUGGGACCAGACAUCCUAGUGUUGGUCGAUUACUCAGAUCAAACACUAUAUUUUGCUGUCGUCGUGUUCAAAAGCAUGCGUGGGAUCAUAGCUUCCGAACGGAUGAACCAAUUUAGUUUGUUUUUGUUUCAUAGUUGUCGACUCGUUGCGUUUGUAUGUAUGUUUACUUUACAUAGUGUGCCUUACAGAAAUAAUAACCUAACAUAACCACAAAAUUAAAAUUUUAAUAAAUCCCACGAUCGCGACAUAGUGGACCGAUUUUCAUGAAACAUGGCUAAGAACACUCCCGACUAACUCAGCUUUCAGACAAAAAAAAACUAAAUAA